AUGCCGAGAACAUCCACCCAUGGAACCAUUUGCGGGCUGGGAUAUAUCCAGUUGCUUACGCAGCUCGCACUGAAGGUGCUCCAGAGCCGUUGCGGCUACGGCUCGUACAUCCUGGACGUCUCCGACGUCGAGCGUGCCGGCACGGUCAGCGGCACCGGCGGAGGGCCCGGGAAGCGGCACGAGUCUCGCAACCCGCAUUUCGCGAGGGGCGCCGGGGCCGACGCGCCCAAAGCGCUGCUGCAGGAGUUCGGGGCCCUGAACAGUGGGCUCGCGGUCCUCCGCGCGGCGAUCAGGAUCGGCACGGAGUACUACCCGGAGUUCCUGUCGCACAUCGUGUUCCUGAGACCGAACGUGCUGUUCUCCACCUUCUUCAAGAUUUUCCGCGUCUGGUUCCACCCGCGGACGCGCAACAAGCUCAGGAUGCUGGGUGGCUGGGCGCACCCUCCCGUGGCGAGGCUGGACCAGUGGUACGACCGCCAGCAGCUCCCCGCGGAGUUCGGCGGGGAGGGGUGGUGCCUCGAGCACGACGCCUUCCUGAGGAGCGCGCUGGACGCCUACGCGUCUGGAGCCGCCAGGCAGAGCUGCUCACGGUCCGACCCCAUCCAGUCCCCGGGCUUCGAUGCCGAGCCGGCCCGCACGCGAGCCGAUUCCCUCGCCAGCCUGCAGGGCCCAAGCCCGACACGCGAUCCCAGACGAUCUGACCCCAAUUCGCCGAGCGCGUUCCACUACUCGAAAAGUGCCUACUCGCAAGCGUCC